CAGGCAAAGAUUAAGUUCGUUCAACCAACGAUGAAAGACGGAAGUCGAAUAAUAUGUAGGACUUGGGAGAGAUGUCAAAUAUUAUUGUACACAGGUUUUGCAUCAAACCGGUCUUCUUGUCAUGCGAGAAACACAACUGCUCCAACUGGUACUGUAAAUGGCAAUUGUGACACAACUGAUAGAGAUAACGAUGACGAUGAUUUUGACUUAGCAAGAAGAAUUGCUUCGCCAUGCUGUGAAAAUAUUAUCACAUUAUCGGCUGAAGUUAAAGUAUUUCCCGCCCACGCACGAGGACCAAGCUGUGUAACAGAAGUAUCCGCCAUAUUUGAUAGUGUAGGGGAAAAAGAAAUUUGCUUCCAUUCAGCCACGUUUGAAUACCAAAAACUUUGUUACACAUUUCUUGUGUAUACCAAUGACAAACGAGAUCCCUGUUCUAGCUCACCAUGUCAGAACAAUGGGCAUUGCUUUCGCACAGAUCAAGAUAACUAUAAGUGCGCUUGUCAAGACAAUUAUGUUGGUGAUUUUUGCCAAACAGGUCCUUGCCAGUCAGCUGACAAUCGUUGCCAGAAUGAUGCUUACUGUCAAGUACACGAUGGUGUUACAACAUGUAUUUGCAAAGCCGGAUUCUUUGGACCUGAAUGCAGUAAAGGUCCUUCAAGUUUACAAAGUUCCUUUCCUAAAUUCACUGAUACGGCAGAGCCUACCUCUUUCUUCUGUGUAAUAAAUCAAAUCUGUAGUUUUUCUCUAGUACUCACCAGUCUGGCAAAUAUGAUACCUAGAGUAUCUCCGGGUUAUGUCGAGUCUACAAUGUUAUUGGAAGAAAUGAAGACUUUUGCCAGAAAACCAAUUCCAGACAGUUUUCAAACAGAUGUGUUUUUGAGAGGCUUACAGCUCGGAGUAAAAGAUUUUUGCAUUCAGACAAUAAAUACAAAUAAGUAUGUGCCAUUUCAAGUUGAUAUUAAUUAAGGGUUAUUUAAGUUA